AAUAUUUUUCAAUUUAUUAAUGCAUUUUCAAGUAUCCUCCAUAUUCGAAGACAUCUAUAAACACCACACCACAAGUCCACAAGAAGAAGACCUUGUACAGUCAGGUUCCUCAUCCAAUGUACAGCUAUUCGAGAGCGGAGACAUCACCGGCUUCGCGGUACAGUCUGGUUCCGAUACAAAGGACACCAACUACCCGGUACACUCUGGUUCCUAUCCGAAGGACACCGUUGUACAGUCUGGUUCGUCCCAGAAACAGGCCUAUGACCAAUAUUUGCCGCCUUGGGGUGCUUCUGGAGGGGGAGCCAAUAUUCCUGUGCCGGCAAUACAUACGCAUCUCCAUCAUGGAGGGGCGGCACUGAAUAAUCUGCCGCCCCUGGCUGGCGGGGAUUACGGGGGGCUGCAUCAUGGGGUGGAUUAUGGGGGUGGACAUGGUACAACCCCUACAGUGGUAAUGAUGAUGAAUGGAGGUGGAGAGGGAGGGGAAGAGACAAGAUUCACACGUGUCAAACGAGGAGCUAUAAAUCCUGAAUACCUCAAUCAG